GAAUGCGACAUCCAAGAGAAGAUUAACUUUGAAAUCCGCAUGCGGGAAGGCAUCUGUAAACUACUUGCAGUGAGCACACAAAAAGACCAGCUCUUGCAAUCGGUUAAAAACCUGAUGGUUUGCAAUGCUCGCAUACUUGCAUACAGGACAGAGCUACAGAACCAAAAAGAAGAGCCGUCUUCAGAAAAUGGGACAAAAGAUUGGGUGGCAUGCAGAGCAAAGGUUGCUAUAUCAGAUAUUCGAAUACCAUUAAUGUGGAAAGGCUCUGAUCACUUCAGCAAUAAAGAAAAAUCACAGCGCUAUGCAGUUUUUUGUUUGUUCAGAAUGGGAGCUGAGGUUUUUGAUACAGAGGUGGCUAUUGUGGAUAAAUCAAUAACAGAUAUCUGUUUUGAAAAUGUAACCAUAUUGUGA